CAAUCCACCCACUGCGCUUGUUGUCUGCAGAAGAUGAAGCAGGGGCUUCUGCUAUGGAAUCCUUGCUUCCAUUCUCUUUCACCACCUUCUCUCCCUUCUCUCUCUUUCAACUUUCCUCAAGCCAGAAGCUUUUGCCUAUCUAUUUCCGCUUCGCUUGAUUCUACCGAUACUCAAGAGCUCACGGCUAGAGAGAGAAGGCGUCUUAGAAAUGAGAGAAGAGAGAGCAAAACCACUACGAAUUGGAGAGAAGAGGUGGAAGAGAGGCUCAUCAAGAAGCCCAAGAAGAAGAAAACUUCUUGGACCGAGGAACUUAACCUCGAUAACCUCGCUAAAUUGGGUCCCCAAUGGUGGGUUAUUCGGGGAUCUCGGGUCAGGGGUCAGGACACUGCCCAACUUCUAGCUCGCUCGUUGGCUCGGAACUUCCCUGAUGUAGAGUUCAAGCUCUAUACUCCAGCUGUCCAAGUGAAAAGGAGAUUAAAGAAUGGUUCAUACUCGGUUACACCAAAGCCCCUAUUCCCAGGUUGUAUCUUUUUGAGAUGUGUUCUGAACAAAGAGCUGCACGACUUCAUAAGAGAGUAUGAUGGUAUCGGAGGCUUUCUUGGUUCUAAGGUUGGGAGCAUAAAGAGGCAGAUUAACAAGCCUAAGCCAGUAUCUGCUGAUGAUAUGGAAGCAGUCUAUAGGCAGGCAAAAGAAGAGCAAGAAAAAGCUGACCGAGCAUUUGAGGAAGGAGAGAAAAAUGCAGUCCUGAAAUCUGAGGUUCUCAAAACAGAAUUAGAACGAGACAGUGAUUUAAAAUCGGACGCUGAUUCUAAGCCAAAAAGGAAGUCAAGCAAAACUUCUGCUAUGACCACUGAAAAAUCAUCUACUCCUAAGCGCGGUUCAACUGUUCGUGUUCUUUCUGGAACAUUUGCAGGGUUCACAGGCACUCUUAAGAAGCUGAAUCGCAAAAGCAAAAUAGCAACUGUGGCUUUUACUCUAUUUGGUAAGGAGAAUAGUGUCGACAUAGAAGCCAGUGAAAUUGCUCCUGAGAUAACCUGAUGUUUGUAGGUUCUCUCAAAUGGUAUGCUUCACAAUUUUGUAUUUUCUUAGUGUCUAAUAUGACUCUUCUAAACCUUCAUUUUACUUAUAAUUUAAUGUCUAGAUAGUAAUGCAGCCAUGAUUCUUAGGCUAAGUAAAGAUAGCAGCAUUUCAAUGAGGCAACAGAUAUUCAGUGAAUAAUUUUGCAUGUAAUUUUAAAAAAAAAUGCUGACAUCCAGCACUUGCUUUCAGCA